AUGUCCGGACGCGGCAAGCAAGGCGGAAAGGCUCGAGCCAAGGCUAAGACCCGAUCUUCUCGGGCCGGGCUCCAGUUCCCUGUGGGCCGAGUGCACCGCUUGCUCCGCAAGGGCAACUACUCCGAGCGAGUUGGGGCCGGCGCGCCGGUGUAUCUGGCGGCGGUGCUGGAGUACCUGACUGCCGAGAUCUUGGAGCUGGCGGGCAAUGCGGCCCGCGACAACAAGAAGACUCGCAUUAUCCCCCGACACCUGCAGCUGGCUAUCCGCAACGACGAGGAGCUAAACAAGCUGCUGGGUAAAGUCACAAUUGCUCAGGGCGGUGUCCUGCCCAACAUCCAGGCUGUAUUGCUCCCCAAGAAGACUGAGAGCCACCACAAGGCCAAGGGCAAGUAA